UACUAGUAGUAAUAUCUUUCGCCGUUAGUUGUACCUAUAAAUAAAGCCCUACUUCUCUUCAAUCAAUUUCUCCACAUCUUCUUUCCACAGAUCUGAAGAAUCAAUCAUUUAAAAUUUGAAAGAUCAUGGGUCGUGGAGUCAGCAGUGGUGGAGGACAGAGUUCCCUGGGUUACCUCUUUGGAGAUGGUGAGGCUCCUAAACCUACUACCAACAAGGUAGCAGCUCCACCUACUACAAGCGAUCCACAGAAGCCUACUGCAACUGAACCAGCUCCAAAUGUUAAUAAUCAGGUUCCAGCUGGCAUUCAGCAGGGGCGCAAUGCCAAUAACUAUUUCCGUGCAGAUGGACAAAACACUGGGAAUUUCCUCACGGAUCGCCCAUCUACCAAAGUGCAUGCUGCUCCAGGUGGUGGAUCUUCUCUGGGUUACCUGUUUGGCGAUGUGUAGUCAUGAAAAAUGACGAGACUGCUGUUACUGUAUGUUGGUUUAUUUUGUGUCUGGGAAAACAGUAUCGGCAUUCAGAUGAUCCAAUUGUAAUAUGAUGUUCCUUUCCUAUCCACUGUUGGGAUAUACCUAAAGCUUCAACUGUGUACAAUCCUCAAUGCCUGCUUAAGGAAAUCAAAUUUUUAGUUUGUGCUA